AUGGCCCGUGGAGGUCGAAAAUGUAAGCGCACUGCCAAUGGAUUGAGAGAUGAACCAAUUGAGCAACCUCCCUCAUGUCAUGAAACAAGGCAGCAGCCUCCACUUGGAACAAGCCAUGAAAAUGUAAUUGAACAAGUUCAAGGAGAAGCUGCUCGGGCACCUCAAUCUCCAAUCCAGAAUUCUACAUUGGGAAUAAUGCAUGAAUCAGGUGACCAAGUUACUCAACAAGCUGAUGGAGGAAAAGAAACUACAAAUGAUUCAAGUGAAGUACAUCAGAAAACCCGAGGCCCUACAUUUAUGAAAGAAAUUUGGGGUCGGCCUAAGGACUUUCCACGGAUUGAGAUUAAACUCGAUGACAAUGGGAUCCCAAUAAGUGAGAAAACCUCUUUUUCUGAAUUCUUGGGCAGUUUGGCUAGGAAUGGUAUGUAUUGUCCAAUAGAUGUUGAAAGUUGGCUUAAGAUGCCAAGGAAACUUAAAAUGGACAUGUUAGAAGUGAUAAAGGAAAGGUUUGCUUUGCCUAUGGGACUAGAAGCUUGGACCUUAAGAUCUAUUGGCAAAAAAUGGAGAAGCUGGAAGGCAGAUUUAAAGGCUACAUAUUUUGAUCCUGCCGUGCCAAAUGCUGAAGCUCGGUUUCAAAAGGACAUAAGGGUACGGGAAGAGCAAUGGAUCAAACUUUGGGCUUAUUGGAAAAGUAAAGAAGCAAAGGCCAAACAGUUGGGAAGACCUCCUACUAGAGUAGAAAUAUUCAAUAAGUUUUAUACCCAUGCCGAUGGAACUCCAUCAAGUACCAUAGUUGCUGAGAAUUCGGUGGUUGGGCAAGACAAACAUGGUCAUGUUCGCUUGUUUAGUGACGGUGUGAAUCCAACGGACUUAUGGGAAGACAUUACUAGUCGUAACACAUGUUACCAUAUAAGUGUUCAACAACAGUCAACAUUGGUCCGUUUGGAGGAAAGGCUUCAGCGACAAGAUGAUGAAAUAGCCAGUUUGAAGAAAAUGGUAGGGAAUAUGGUUUCACUAAAAAGUUUGUUUGACCCAACAAAAAUCGUGGCAAAGGGAUAUUUACGGAGUCUGAAUCCAUUGGAUGAGGUCGGCGGACAAGCUCUUGGGCCAAAUUGGUGUGAAAUACAGAUACAAGUUGCAAUGAGUCUACGUGAGCAAUUGAUUAGACCGUAUGAUUUGCAACAAACAAUUCAAGAUGCACUUGGUGCACCAAUUUCUUGGCCUUGUCAUUUGGUGAGAUAUGCACUUAAAUACAUUGUAGAUUUCUGGAAUUUUAGUUCUAGCUAUGAUGAUCUAAUGAUCGCCUUGGUCUUUGUGUACAGGUGGAAACAGCUGAAGAAUGAUGGGGACUUCAUGGUUAUGACUGAGGACUCUCAACAAAAUGGAAAGUUUGGAAGCUAA